AUGGGAAAGCUGAAGGUGUUGAACGACACAGGGAAAAGGUCGGGCAUCAAGGUGUCCGAAUUCACGGGGCAAUCGACGGCGGAGGAGGUGACCAAGGGCUGGGAUGGCACGGGAAAGGUGGCGAUCGUGACAGGACCGUACGUGGGGCUCGGCAAAGAGACGACGAGAGUGUUGGCGCUGCGGGGCGCGGAGGUGGUGAUGGCCGGGCGCAGCAAGGCCAAGGCGGACGCGGCCAUCGGCGAGAUCAGAAAAGAGAAUCCGGGCGCCAAGCUGCGGUUCAUGGAGCUGGACCUGUCCAGUCUGGCGUCCGUGAAGAAGUUCGCAGGCGAGUUUCGCGCCACGGGCCUGGCGCCCAACGUGCUGGUGAACAACGCGGGGUUGGGCGGCGUCCCCUUCACCCUGUCCGCCGAUGGCCACGAGCUGCACUUCGCCACCAACCACCUUGGCCACUUCCUGCUGACGCGCCUGCUGCUGCCCGACCUGGAGGCCGCCGCCAAGGCGUCAGGGGUGCAGUCCCGCGUGGUCACGAUGUCGUCCGCGGUGCACCACUUGCCAUACCCCGGUGGUCUGCGCCUCGAAACAGCCGGUCCCAGCAAGGAAGGCUACGACGGCAUGAAGGCGUACGGGUCGUCCAAGCUGGCCAACAUCCUGUUCACCAGGGAACUCGAAUGGAGGUUGAGGGACAGAAAAUCGGCCGUGACCGCGGUGUGUUGUCACCCGGGAGUCGUCCGCACAGACGCCUUCAGGCGCCUUAACCGUAUUUUCGUCGAUGCGUUCUUCUGGGUGCUGAGCAAGACGGCGGCAGGCUACAGGACGGUUCCCCAGGGAGCUGCAUCGCAAGUGUACUUGGCUACGGCAAAGGAAGUGGACGGUGGGGAGUAUUACAUGGAUUGCGCCAUAAUGCCGACGUCUGUGCUCGCGUUGGAUAGGGAUCUGGCAGUCAAGCUGUGGGAGACGAGCGAGGAGAUGUGCAAAGAAUACUCCAAAAAGUGGGAAAGCCGAGGCAGCUAG